GUCAAUGUAUGUUUACUACUCCGCACGACGAACGACGACGAUGUAUCCGACGAACUGUGCACAAUGUUACGUUUUCUACUGGAUUUCCAGCAGUUUCCGCGAGUUUCCCGACUGUUUACGCGAAUAUGUGUCCCCGAUGGGAAGUUUCCUCAGCGCGCAUGAAUCAGCGAUCCCGGUAUUCUUUUAUAUCAGUCGCACCGUCAUUCGAGUGUUUAGUGGGUCAGCUGAUAGAGAGAAAAUGCUAUCGGAGAUUGUUUCGAGUUUUGCCAGUUCCCGGGUGAUCAAUCCGAGUUGUAAUGUCUUUGCUGUCGUCCGGACGACUUUAUUAAUGAAUUCUGGCUUGAGAUCGCAGACGGAAAAUACACCGAUAUUUUUACCGGAUUCGUCUGCCAGUUCGUACGAGCUUGUUCCUACGCGAGCUAGGAUGGUGCAGGGAACGUACAAGGAAUCGAGUUUGGCGUUGUACGCGUCCGCUGCCGACGAUUGUCGAAAAUUCCGACGAAACACCCUUUGGCCGACCACAUAGACGGGAGCAGCUUGUUUCGCGGACCGUAAAUUGUAGUUUUUUAUAUUUUUUUCGUGACUUUUUCUGAGAUUUUUUUUAACCGUUGAAUAAACAUGGUCAUCGAUCCUUCCUUUCUUUUCCAGUCUCCCAUCCUCCGAACAAUCCUCCUUGUCCCGGUCCAUCCUAUGUUCCUCACCAGUUUCAACCAUUUCGUGUCCGAAAAUUACCCGAUAGGGUGAAUAACCAGUUGAUGUAUGGGGGGUGAUAUUUAAACAGUGUUCGAUCUGAGAUACACGCGUGUCCCAGAUCUUUUGGUUAUCCUUGACGUAAGACCGGAUGCACGCGUUGACCGUACGGUUAAGGCGUUCCACCGGGUUUGCCUGGCUAUGAUGCCGAGCAUUUU